AUGAAUAAGAGAAGAAUUACUCCUGAGCAGCAUCAGGCAAAGUUGGCCAUAUGCAAUGUGCUGGCUGAAGCACUCCUUUGAUUGCAGUUCUCCAAGCUGCAAGAGAGGGUGGAGACAGCAGAAUCGCGGGUGUCUGUCCUGGAGACCAUGACUGAUGACCUUCAGUGGGACAUUGACAAGAUCCGCAAGAGAGAGCAGAGGCUCAGCCGCCACCUGGCCGACGUCCUGGAGCGAGUAAAUUCCAAAGGCUACAAGGUGUAUGGAGCUGGGAGCAUCCUCUGUGGGGGAACAAUCACCAUUAGUGCCUGCAAGGAGGAAGGAGCCUCUGGAAGGAGCUGGAAUUGCUGUCCCAGCAGAGUGGGUGCAAGGGCCAGAGGAAGCCUGUCAUGACUCUGGAGAGCCCAGGACCCAUCACCACGUGGGCCAUGCUGUGCCGUCAUCCCCUCUUGCCUCUGGCUGUUGUCAUCCCUGAGAGUCAUCAGCACAAGCAGUUCUUUCUUCACUUGGAACUAAUUUCUCCUGGUUUGAGGCUUGGCUGGUGUGAGGCAAGGAUACUGUGUGCAACCACCGUGUGGCUCUGCCUCAGGGUGCAGAGAUCUCUCUUCAAACCUGUGCAAAUGGAGAAUGUCCACUGCCAUACUUUAGUGCUUCACAAUCCACAUAGAAAAAGAUGGAAGUUUGUUCAUCAGGACUUCUUUGUGGUGUUAUUGGGAGGGGUGUUUCUCCUUGCUUGAGAAAGUGCUUCUUAAAAUAUGCAGUUAUAUUCCAUUUCAUUUGGAAUUGGACUUUUAACAGUCUAAAUAUGCAGGCAGCCAAUGGAAUUUCGGAGUACCAAGAUACUCCCUUUUUCCUGGGGUAACUAAGGCCACAGAUAGUCCAGGUUUGCAUUUCAUGCUUUAAGAGGGCUCUUGGCCAAGGUGCUGAUUUCAUCUUGAGUUCCUUGCACAUCUUUGGCCCAGAAACCCUGCCAUUAACUCGCUGCCAUGGUCACAUUUCAUUUCUUUUUCUCUCCUGUGCCAUGUGUCCUUAAAUGAUGAAAUGACAGAAAGGGUGGGGAUGGAAGGGACCUUUAGAGAUCAUCUAGUCCAAGCCCUCUGCCAUGGUCAGGGACACUUUCCACUAGCCUAGGUUCCUCAGACCCUCAUCCAGCCUGACCCUGAACAGGGACAUCCACAACAACCAUGGGUGUCCUGUUUCUGGCUCUCACUCGAGCAGAGGGACAGAAUUCCCUCCCUUGACCUGUUGGACAUCCCCCUUUAGACACAGGUACAGAGGGGUUUCAGGGCUUCAAGAACACAGUGCCAGCUCCUAUCCAAUGUUUCCUUCUCAAGGAUCUCUCCCAGUCCUUCUCCACAGGGCUGUUUCAAUCCAUUCAUCACCCCUGCUGUUUUGCUAAGUUCUGGAAUAUGCCUUUAUAAACAGGAGGCAUUUCACACACUGGGGAAAAAAAGUUGUAGGUCUAAGGAAAGGAGGCUGAGCCAAGUGGUGGCAUUAAAGUACAAGUGGGUUAGACAUUCCCCCUUGAUGAAGGAAUGGUUUGCAGGUUUGGGGUGCAGAAUGUAACAUUUGGGGAAGGAGAAAAGGGCACAGAAAUUCAGGCUUUCAGCAGCUGAGAGGUGGCAGUAUUAAAACCCACAGAAGCUGAUGAAAGCCAUCUCUCUCCUUCAGGUUCUUUCUGAGUAGGAAGGUGCUGCUAGUUGUGGUGGCUGCCCUCACCCUUUGCUGGGAGGAUGAUAUGUACCAGGGGAGAGCAGAAAGCUGUCAGGGUGAGAGAACAUGCUCAGAGCAUCACAGUUCAGAGAAUGGCAUUGCCCCUGAAAUGCAAAAAGCUUGAAAGAAUAUAAUUCUGUGCAGCACUAUGGUACAAAUUUUCUCUUCCAGAACAUGCCCAUUUUUGUAUUCUGUAGAUGAAUUAUCUGGUUUUUACAGAAUGCAUGGGGGUGUUUUUCUUAAGGUUUUGGGAGAACUCUCAAGCUUAUUUUUAUUUGCAUUUUACAUCCAGCAUUUAUACAGAUUUUAUUUAUUAUUCUUUUUAAAUGCAUAGAGAACAAAUAUCCAAUAAUUUUUUACUCCUUUUGGAUAUUUUGAUCAAUAUUCUUAGAAAGAAAACCUUGUUGAACAAGUGUGAAAACACAGAGAGGGAAAAUAGCAUAAAAGCCUUUUAAAACAGGGCAUAUAAUGAGGACUGCAGAACUGAGUAAUUCCUCCAAGGGUGACUUCUUCAAGAACUGCCAAGAGAGUUUCUUAAAUCAAGGGAAAUGUGACCUGCAGCCACAAAAAGUACAGCCAAAGCAAAUGAAAACCCUUUGGAAAAGAGGGAAUUUUGCCUAUGACAUCCAUCUGUCUGGAAAACUGAGGGAUGCCCAUCGUCCUUGUACUGUAUUCCUCAAUUUUUGCAAUAUGAAUGCAAAUUUCUCCUAAUUUCUGUGAAGUGAAUAAGCAGCUGGAGUUGCUUUUCCAUUAACUUAAGCUCUUAGAGGAAUUAUAAUUAUUUUUGUAGCUGAGCAUGAUUUGAGUUUCCCAAAUCUUCUACAAGGCAAAAAGGAACCAUACAGUUAUUUGUGCUAAUGUUAAGGAAAGGUUUCAUGAAAGCAGGUGAAUGAGAGCAUUGCAUUAUAAAACUUACAUGCUCAAGAAAACACAAAUGCACUUAGAAUAAAACAUAUGACAAUAGCAAAGCAUCAGAACAGGAUAAAAAGAAAUGACUAGGCAGGAAGUGAUGUAGAAAAAAAAGACAUUUCUGCUACAUGUGCCUGCAUUAGUAAGCUAGAACAGAAAAAGAAGGGCAGAGAUAAUAAGGAAGAAAGAUUUUUAAAUUGCACUGUGCAGAAAAGACACACAGGUAACCAUUGUGGCCCACGGAGCCCAGCAUGGCCCGUGGCAUUUCCAGCACUGGAGAGACUGAUAAAAGACUGAGUGAACCAAGCUACAGCCCACAAAGAGGACUUUCUGAAUUUGUCAUCUCUUUCAAAUCAACAAGAGGUUCAAUGGUUUAAUACUGUCCAUUUUUUUGCACUAGUAAAUGAUUUACCUAUUAAAUAAACAAUUUUUUCCACAUUUCUUUAAAGAAAUCUUUUCCUCAAACCAAUUAGUAUAGCCACUUAGAUUUGCUUUCUAGAAAAAAAUCCCUUUAAAAGUUUUCUCCCAAAUUUGCCCCAAACCAGAACAAACAGAAUUUUUGGCCCCCAACAUGGAGUUCAUUAUUUAGAAAAAAACUUGUACUGAUUGCAUGUUAGUUGUGCUCACUCUGUAUUAGGAUAAAGCAAUCAGUAGCCAUAUUGCUUGAAUUUCUAUAUAGUGUCUCUCAGGGCAGAAGCCUUCAUGUCUUUCUAGUCCCUAGGCUUCUUUUUUUAGGUUUUAAUACCUUUCUAGUCCCUAAGAUUAUUAGAUUGUUUUCUUAUCCAAAAUAGCUCCAAUAUUGUCUCUAACACAUAGCUUUUACAGUAGAGGGGCAGGGGUUAGAAUAACUAUUGUGCUGGUCUCAGUGAUAAUAAUUGAUAGGGAGUUUACAAAAGUACUGAAGUCUGUUCAAGAUAUGUUUGGUUUAUAGUUUCUUCAUCCUCCCCUACAUCCCAGUUCCAGUAGCAUGUUUUGGGGGUUUAUUAGUAAUUACACCCAAUUUGUUAGAAAAGGGGCAGGGGAUAGGAUGAGACUUUUCAACCUUUCCCUUCCUUCUUCUCCUUUGAAUCUAUUAAGUCACUUUUUAAGAAUGUUCAAUUUCCCCUGAAUGCCAAGGAUACCACCUUCCUAGUAUUUCAUCUUAUAAGCUUUGUCUAUAUAGUCCACAACUUCUCUAGAAGGAGGGCUGAGGUAUCCAAAACAGCUCAUGAGACCCCUGACCCAGAAAUAAACCCAAGCAUGGAAAAUUCUGAGUAGUGUAAAGAAUGAGAAGAUAUAAACCAAACCCUGAAAACAUUUUCUGACUAUAUAACCUAAGAUUUUACACAUAGACAAAUAUAAAACCCAACAGAAGUAGAGAAAUACCUAAAAAAGAAGUACCAUAAUGACACUAGAGAAAAGAAAAUCAUUGCAAUAAGCUAGGCCCUGGCAUAUGCUUAUCACACACUAGGAGAUACUGUAAAGCAACAAAUACAGGCAGGGGGGCAACAAAAUAAAUCAGCAGCUAUUCCAGUCACUCAGGCUACAGCCAACACCCCAGCUACUCAAGUUGUAGCUAAAGCAAACAGUGAGCCUAAGCCUAUAGCUAAACCAGACAAGAAGCCUAAGCCUGCAGCUAAACUAAACAGUAAACCUUACCCAAUAGCUGUUAGUCCUACCACCACAAACAAAACCCACACAUUUUAAACCAAUCAACCAAUAAACAGUGAUGAUGAUCUGUAAGAAGGAUCCUCAAAACCAAAAACUUACACCAAA